UGUCUUUGUACCAUUUAAAUUGUUCUUGCCAAUAGUGAGCAUAGUUUACUCACGAAAGGAAAAAAAAAAGUGAGAGUGGUUUCAGAUGUUUUUUCAGAUUUCUUGAGCUUGGGGGAUGGAUGAUGCAAUAGCCCCGUGUUUGGUUUCUCAAGCAGCAAAUUCUUCGAUCUGUUUGGUUGAGCGGUGUUUCUAGUACAUAAUCGUUUCCAUUGCGGAGCAGUGUUCUGCUACUGAUGGCCGAGUCAAGUCCAGUAGAUGCUGUGUUGGAAUAUCUUAGAAGGAACAAGUUUACCAAAGCCGAGGCUGCUUUAAGGACUGAACUGGGCAACAGGCCCGAUUUAAAUGGGAUUCUUCAAAAGCUUACGCUGGAUGAUAAAAGUACGGGCAACAAGUCAAAUGUAGAAGCAAAUGGGAGAAUUAUAGCUGAAGGAGAUCAAAAGAGGGACAUGUUACCGUCGAGUUCUUCCGAAACAUCAAAGGAGCUAAUAGUGAAAGAGGUGGAGUGUGGGAGUGAUAAGAACUUCACCUUCUCCAAGAGUUCGGAUGAUACCAUGCCAGGUUCGUGUUCAUGGAAAUGCACUACGAGCAAUGGGCCAAUUGCUUUUAAUCAAAAUGAAGAAAACAAUUUUUUAGGAUUCCAAGUUUCGGGGAAAGCAAAAUUAAUUUCAGCCGAGACUCCUGGUAGUGGUCAAGUUAAUGUUAAAUCAGAUGCUACCGUUUCUGGUGAAAAGAAAACGAAUUGGCCUGGCACUGUUAGUAAUGCCAGUAUGGAGCUGAAGUUUGAUAAGGAAGUCGAUCUACAGAAGAAGCCGAGUAGUAUGUGUUCUAAGGACGAGCGCUGGAAAGAUUGUUCUGUCAAAACUGUUUUCCCCUUCUCCAGAGGAGACACUUCUACCAGUUAUGAUAGUGCUGCUGCUGUUGGCGAUAAAAGGGAUGGGAAAAAGAAAGCGGAAUUCAAUGACAUUAAGGCAGCAAUAAAGGAGCAAGUAGAUGAGGUCGGGAGAUCUCUUUUAUUCGGAAAGACUCAAGCAGGUGAGCCACAAGCUUUUGGUGCAUUAGAUUUUCAUCCUGCAUCUGAGAACCAGAAGGAAGAGCUGCCGAGACUGCCACCUGUCAGGCUUAAGUCAGAAGACAAGUCCUUUAAUAUUCACUGGGAGGAGAAAUAUGAACGUGAUGGACCUGGUCCAAUGAUCUUAAAUGCUGACAACUCAUAUCCUAUUGGGUCAUUUCUGGAUGUACCUAUUGGUCAAGAAAUCAUUGCUUCAGGUAAAAGGCUAGGAGGAGGCAGCUGGCUCUCAGUAAGUCAGGGUAUUGCCGAGGAUACUUCUGAUCUCGUUUCUGGUUUUGCAACUAUAGGUGAUGGCCUGAGUGAAUCCAUCGACUACCCUAACGAAUACUGGGACUCGGACGAGUACGAAGAUGACGAUGACGCUGGCUACAUGCGACAACCUAUAGAAGACGAGAGCUGGUUUUUGGCCCAUGAAAUUGAUUAUCCGAGUGAUAACGAUAAGGGAACCGCUCAAGGGAGUUUUCCGGAAAGAGGACCUAGCAAAAACGACGAUGAUGAUCAAUCAUUUGCUGAGGAGGAUUCUUACCUGUCGGGCGAACAGUUUUUACAAUUGAAAACCAUCGAUACUAUUGUGCCUUCAUAUGAUCCCUCUCCUGUUCAUGAAGUCUACGGGAGGAAAAACGAGAAUGACUUAAUGAUGGAGCAAUAUGACGGGCAGCUGAUGGAUGAAGAGGAACUGAGUUUGAUGCGUGCCGAGCCUGUCUGGCAGGGCUUUGUGACUCAGUCGAACGAACUCAUUAUGCUUGGUGAUGGGAAAAAUACGGCCGAAUCCGAAAGGCCCCAUCUUGAUGAGAUAUGUACUGACGAUAAUCAUCACGGUUCGGUUAGAUCCAUUGGGGUUGGGAUCAACAGUGAUGCUGCUGAUAUAGGAAGCGAAUUUCGAGAAAGUCUGGUCGGAGGUAGCAGUGAUGGCGACAUAGAGUAUUUUCACGAUCGUGACUUGGAUAAGACGGUUAAGAGAGAUGGUAACAGGACAAAGAGACUUAACUCUGAUAAGUAUGUAAUGAGUAAUGAAAUGGGUGGACUGUAUAAUAAUACUCAUGUUAUUAAGAGUCGUGUGGAUGGAGGAUUUUCAUUUCCUCCGCCUAGAGACGGGCGAUUGGCUCAAACGAGCUCGAAUAAAUCUCUGUGGUCGAAUCAGGCGAACACUGGAUUCAGUGAGGAAGCCGAUGAUUGUGGCGUGUCGAAUGAUGGCAUGCUUGCAAACUGGAGGCGUAAAAGUAGUGAGUCUUCGCCGGUUAAGAGCUUGAGGGAGGAUGAGGACAAUGCAAAUUCUAGUCCCUCGUCGCUUUCGAAUUACGGGUACAAUGAUAGGGAGCAUGUGAAGAAAGAAGGUGAUGUGAAAACGGGUGGAUCGAGAGAAGAAGAAGAUCCCGGGGCGUCGUUGGAGGAUGAGGAAGCAGCUGCUGUGCAAGAGCAAGUGAAGCAGAUCAAAGCUCAGGAGGAUGAGUUUGAGACGUUUGAUUUGAAGAUCGUCCACAGGAAAAACAGGCAUGAAAAUUGUUCUAUAGCAGUGAAAUCGUUGAUGUACACACUUGGAUAUGAAGAGACUGGCUUUGAGGAGGACAAGAAUUUCCAUGUUGUUUUAAACUCUGUCAUUGCUGGUCGUUAUCAUGUCACUGAGUAUCUUGGUUCGGCGGCUUUUAGCAAGGCUAUUCAGGCGCAUGACUUGCACACUGGCAUGGAUGUCUGUGUCAAGAUCAUAAAGAACAACAAGGAUUUUUUCGAUCAGAGCCUUGAUGAAAUAAAGCUGCUCAAGUAUGUGAACAAACACGAUCCUGCUGACAAGUACCACAUUCUCCGAUUGUAUGAUUACUUCUAUUAUCGAGAGCAUUUAUUGAUUGUAUGUGAACUGCUGAAAGCAAAUCUAUACGAAUUCCAUAAAUUCAAUAGAGAAUCUGGGGGAGAGGUCUACUUCACGAUGCCUAGACUACAGUCAAUCACCAUUCAGUGCUUGGAAGCGCUGCAAUUCUUACACAGCCUUGGUCUAAUACAUUGUGAUCUGAAGCCCGAGAAUAUAUUAGUGAAAAGUUACAGUAGAUGUGAGGUAAAAGUUAUUGAUUUAGGAAGCAGUUGCUUUGAGACAGAUCAUCUUUGUUCGUACGUUCAAUCUAGGUCAUAUCGUGCACCGGAGGUUAUUUUGGGACUUCCGUAUGAUAAAAAGAUCGAUAUCUGGUCUCUUGGUUGCAUAUUGGCCGAACUUUGUACAGGAAAUGUGCUCUUUCAAAAUGAUUCACCUGCCACUCUACUUGCUCGAGUGAUUGGAAUCAUAGGCACUAUCGAGCUGGACAUGCUAUCGAAAGGAAAGGAUACGUAUAAAUAUUUCACCAAAAAUCACAUGCUUUAUGAAAGGAAUCAGGAUUCGAACAGGCUCGAAUACUUGAUACCCAAAAAGUCAUCCCUAAGACACCGAUUACCAAUGGGGGACCAAGGCUUCAUUGACUUUGUCGCUUAUCUGCUACAAGUCAACCCAAAGAAAAGGCCCUCAGCAUCAGAGGCUCUAAAACAUCCGUGUUUGUUGUGGUGGGAUUGGGAAGAAAGGAAGUCUGUACUCUUGUUGUGCAUGAUGGUGUGA